AUGUGUGACGCUUUUCCAACACCGAAAGUCGCAUGGUUCUUCAACGACACCGAACUGAAAAACUCUCCUAAACAUAAGAUUGAAGCUAAACAAAAUGUAUUUUCACUCACUGUUAAUAAAUGUGAUCAUCCUGAUGUCGGUACAUAUCGUGUACUUAUCGACAAUGGUAUUGAUCAUUCUGAACAAACUGCUAAACUCCAUGUUGGAGUCAAACCAAAAGUUGAAGCUGCUAAACCAGCUAAUGAUCAAACAUGUGUCAUUGGUCAAGAUACACAAAUAUCAUGGAAAUUUAGUGGUCUCGAAAAACCACAAGUUACUUGGCUCUUCAAUGGACAACCAUUACCUACAAAUGAACGAUUCGAAAUUACUGAAACUGAAGAUGGAACAUCAACAUUAUCUAUUCGACAUGCUGAACUUAAUGAUAAAGGUACUUAUACUGCUAAAGCAACAAAUGCAGUUGGUGAAGUCGAAGCUAAAACAACAUUAAACAUUGCUGGAGUGAAACCUGUCUUGACAACUGAUCUCGAAGCUACUACACAUGCGACUAAAGGUGAAUCAAUGACAAUCAAACUAUCAGCUACUGGUACACCUAAACCAGAAGUCGUCUGGAUGCGAGGUAAUGAUGAACUUGUUCCAAGUGAUCGAAUUCAAAUAAUUGCUCCAACAGCUGAAGAAGAUGACACAUAUACAUUAACUAUCUUGAAUGUCCAACCUGAAGAUCAAGGAGAUUAUUCAGCUAAAAUUACCAAUGUUGGUGGAUCACUUAAAUCGAAAAAAUGCAAAGUCGCUGUUACUAAAUCACCUGUAUUUGUUGCUAAACCUACAACACAAGAAGUAAAACAAGGUGAAACAGCUGUAUUCGAAACAAAGAUUGAUGGAUAUCCAACACCUAAAGUAAC